GUCUGGGCGAAUAGUCAUCAGAUAUGCUUUUCACUGUGUACCGUUGCAAUAAAGUUAACAGAUCAUCCUGUCCACAUUGCAUCUGAUUAACGUUCAAUCGAAUCGAAUUUGUUCUGUAGGUGGAUGACAUAUCCCACACGAAAGUGAUGCGGUCAGAAUGCGAACGUGCGCAUUCUGGAUUCGUUUAUUCUGCACGAUUUUCGAAACUAACGGCUUUUAAAAAAUCUGUGCUAUUAUAUUUUUCUCCUUCAAUUAAAAGCCCAGUUGGCUAGAAAUUCAAUGGUCGAAGUCGAUCGGAUUUCGCGACAGCUCCGUUGGAAAAUUGGACGUUCUGCAAAGUGCUGUUAAAAUGUGCGCAAGCGAUGAAGCGUCCGUAUCUGAGCGCAUACCUGGGAUGCGAUUUAGAGAGCGACCAACUAACUGCAUAAUAGCAACACUCGAAUUUGCGCGAAGUUAAUUGAAAAUAUACAGAAAAACGACCAAAUCAGCAUAGUUUAUCCGCAUCACUUUCAUGCGGGCAUCCUGUUGAAUUUUGGCAAGGUUAUCGAUUGAGCUUUGCUGAGAUAGUACCGAAUGGAGUAAUUGAAGCCGUUCCGCUGAAAUUUCUUUAGUGAUUCGAUUUUUUCGAUUGCUUAUAAUGCUUAUUAAUUUUAUGCUGUUUCCUGAACGGAUGCCGCGUUUCCACCCUGGAUUUCUAUGCUGAUCAGCUAAAACAAUAUUCCGUAACUCGAUGCCUGCCAAGAAAAGAAAAGCAAGGCCGUCCACAGCGAGCCAGAGCAAAAAACAAAGAAAAAUAUGAGAAUGCAAAGAUGUGGAGGAGCUGCAUCUGAGUCUGAACGAGUACGCGCCCUUCGCGAAAGCGGACAGUGAGAACGCAGCGCCUUCCAGUUGCCGGCAUCCCGGCCUGAAGGAGCUGCACAUCGACAGCAACCAGCUGGCCUCCUGGCGCGAGUUACUCCGCAUCGGGCGCAACUUCCCCGGCCUGCAGACGCUCUUCGCCAGCCACAACCUUCUCAAUGACCUAUAGGAUAUGGAGGGAGAGGCGUUGCGGGACAGCCUCCCCGCGGUGAGCAAACUGCACCUCAGCCACACGGAAUUAUCCUCCUGGCCGGCGCUGGACCAGUUGCAGCACCUCCCCUCCUUGACGGACCUCCGUCUGUUGAACACGCCCCUCUGGACGGACUCCCCGCUGACCGGAAGUAGCCCGCCCUCUUCCCCCUCCAAAUCCGCGCCCUUCUCCCCCACUUUGACCACCCGCCAGCACGUCCUGGCCCGUCUCCCCGCCUUAUCCUCCCUCAACGGGACCCCCGUCGACGCGAUGGAGCGGAUGGACGCCGAGCGCGCCUUUCUGCGCCAUUUCCACGGCGCCGACGUCCCGCCGCCCUGUCCGCGCUUCACCGAACUCCUGGGCCGCUACGGGCCGCUGGCGCCCCUCCUGGACGUGCAGUUGGGGGCGCCGGAGUACGUGGAGGUCGGGCUCAGCUACGGCAGUGUCCAGCGGCGGCCCUUCAAGGUGAACGUGAAGCAGACGGUGGGGCAGUUGCGGCAGGAGCUGCAGAAGGGGGCGGGGAUGCGCUGCCGGGUGUUCUACCUGGACGCGGUGCUGGCCGGCGUCGUCGGGAUGGAGGAGAUGCGCGGCGAGCGCCGGGCCGUGCACUCCUUCAACGUCCGCGACGGCAGCCCAAGUGAAUCCGCGAUAAUCACGACGUCGCUGCCGUGGAUAAUCACGGGAUUUUGGCCUUUUGUGUUGUGCGCGGAAUUAACCGGUUGAUC